UCCCUCCCGCCCGCCCCCACCGCUUCAGAGAAGCAAGCACAGGAGCUGAUGACGGACCCAUUAAUCCCUUCUUCAAUGCAUCAAAAGAAGCCGAAGGGCUGGAAGUCGCUGGGCUCGGAGUCCUGCAGGAAAUGCUUCGAUCUGCUUUUGGUUUUGUAUGAAACUGGAGACUAGGGGCUCUGCUCGCCCCGCUGCUGCCGCCGCCGCCGCCCGCCGGCACCUGGAUGCGCGGGCUGCCGCCGCAGCCGUGCCCGCCGCCGCGAUGCAACGCUCAUGGUGGUGCUGAUGAGAGCUCGGGUGCGAUGGGAUUGAGCCGGCGGUAAUUAUUUGAAGGCGGUGAGAGAGAGCGAAGGAGAGGAAGAGCUGCUCCGCUCUGCUGUGUGUGGGCUUAGGGUUUUUUUAUUUUUUUUAUUAUUUCUUCUUCUUUUCCUACUUCCAUCCUCUCCCCGCCACUGGAAGUCCUCCCGUAUCUAAAUGGAAUUAGUGGAGACCGAAGCCCCUUGUGUAAGGAACAGACAUGACCCAUGGGCGCAGCUUCUUUCACAUUGUAGCAAGUCUAAUCAUCUUACAUUUGUCUGGAGCAACCAAAAAAGGAACAGACAAGCAAACUACGUCCGAAGGACAGAAACCAGUGCAGUGUGGAACGUGGACAAAAUAUGCAGAAGGAGGCAUCUUCACUUCUCCCAAUUACCCCAACAAGUAUCCUCCUGACAGGGAGUGCGUCUACAUUAUAGAAGCUGCCCCAAGACAAUGCAUCGAACUACACUUUGAUGAAAAAUAUUCCAUAGAGCCUUCUUGGGAGUGCAAAUUUGACCAUAUUGAAGUAAGAGAUGGACCUUUUGGCUUUUCCCCAAUCAUUGGACGUUUCUGUGGACAGCAAAACCCACCUAUGAUAAAAUCCAGUGGCAGAUUCCUAUGGAUUAAAUUUUUUGCUGAUGGUGAGCUGGAAUCUAUCGGGUUUUCUGCUCGGUAUAAUUUUACACCUGAUCCAGAUUUUAAGGACCUUGGUGUUUUGAAACCAUUGCCAGUUUGUGAGUUUGAGAUGGGAGGACCUGAAGGAAUUGUGGAAUCUGUACAAAUUGUCAAAGAAGGAAAAGCUUCUGAAACUGAAGCAGUAGACUGUAAAUGGUUCAUACGAGCACCACCUCGAUCCAAGAUCUAUUUGCGAUUCUUGGACUACGAAAUGCAGAAUUCCAAUGAAUGUAAAAGGAAUUUUGUAGCUGUCUAUGAUGGAAGUAGCUCCGUGGAGGAUUUGAAAGCAAAGUUUUGCAGCACUGUUGCUAAUGAUGUAAUGCUGCGGACAGGUCUCGGUGUAAUCCGCAUGUGGGCAGAUGAAGGCAGUCGAAGCAGCCGAUUCCAGAUGCUCUUCACAUCCUUCCAAGAACCUCCUUGUGAAGCCAACACAUUCUUUUGCCACAGUAAUAUGUGUAUUAAUAAUACAUUGGUCUGCAACGGACUCCAGAAUUGUGUUUAUCCCUGGGAUGAAAACCACUGCAAAGAAAAAAGAAAAGCUAAUCUGUUGGACCAACUUACCAAUACCAGUGGGACUAUAAUUGGGGUGACUUCUUGCAUUGUGAUCAUCCUCAUUGUUAUCUCUGUUAUAGUACAGAUCAAACAGCCUCGUAAAAAAUUUGUCCAAAGGAAAACAGACUUUGAUCAAACAGUGUUCCAAGAGGUAUUUGAGCCUCCUCAUUAUGAGUUAUGCACCCUCAGAGGGACAGGGCCUACAGCUGACCUUGCUGAUGUUGCAGAUGACUUUGAAAAUUAUCAUAAACUGCGGAGAUCCUCUUCAAAAUGCAUUCAUGACCAUCACUGUGGAUCACAAGUGUCUAGCAUUAAGGGCAGCCGUAGUAACCUCAGCACAAGAGAUGCUUCUGUCUUGACAGAAAUACAACCCCAGCCUGUAAAACCACUCAUCCAGCCCAUGAACAGAAGAAAUAUCCUUGUCAUGAAGCAUAGCUACUCACAAGAUGUUGCAGAUGCGUGCGAGAUAGACGAAAUUGAAGAGGUACCAACCACAAGUCACAGGCUGUCCAGACAUGAUAAAGCUGUUCAGCGGUUCUGCCUCAUUGGGUCUCUAAGCAAACAUGAGUCUGAGUACAACACAACUAGGGUCUAAGAGACAAUCUUGAGACUGCUUGAGAAUAGUGCGCUCCUGGGUGAUUUUGAACAUGCUACAAUGAAAUGUGAAACUAUCAUCCUUGGAAACACCAGCUAGAGGUUUUAUGGACUCUCUGACCAGCUAUUCUCAUAUCAUGACAAAAUUCAGCAAACAGUGUUGAGUAAAAUUACUAGAAGGCAAUAAGACUUUGGUUAUUAUGCUUAUCGGUCAUUUCUCUUUUUCUUUUUCACUCUUCUUUUUAUUGCAAGUUAAAUUCCCAAUUUCAGGAACAAUUUAUUGAAAUCAGGUAUUUAGCCAUUCGUAAUCUCUUCAAUAGAAAUGUUUGUUGGAUAAGCAUCUAGCAAUAUGACUGAAUUUGACAUUGAGAAAACAAUCUGCAUGUAUGUUACUGAAUAUUUGAGUUGGCAAAAAACCCUUUAUUAGAUACAUUGUAAAAAGCAUGCAUUCACAAUUAUUGCUGUUACUGUUCCAUUUCUGUCAUAUGCUUGCUACUUGUAACUUUUUAUAUAAAAAUACAUAAAACAAUGUAUAAUAA